AUGCCCUCAUCUCACGAUGAUCACGAUAAACCCCUUCGCCAGGCUUUAGAUCCAAUCUCCUCACCUUACAUGUCAUCAAUCAACGGGACCUUGUCAAUCGCCAAGGAAGUAUUGAUGGGAUCAUUCCAAUCGGAACAUCGUCGUUCGGAAAGUACGAGGAUUCUCUCCGAUCUCGCACCAUCAUUGAUGCAACCCCGUUUCCUCAAUGCAGCCAGUACCUACGGCCCAUCUCGAUCACUUGGUAAACCACCUUCUAGACCUAGCUCAUUGAUGAGAUUACCCACCUCUCUACCCUACGGAAUAAGUAACGUUGGUGUUAAACCUACUUCAUCCUCUUUAGCAAUAAUAGAAGCGGUAGAUAAAUUAUCUUCUCUAUCACUUACACCACCCGAAGAAGGUGAAGUAGGUGAUCAACCAAGUUUGAUCAAAGGUUUCAAAGCUACUAUACCUUCAUCUGAACUCGCCAAACAGCGCAGAAGAUUGAUAAGAGGUGGUAUCAUAGAUCAGGAUUUGGGUAAUGAGAAAUUAGGCCUAAAGAAAUUAGGUGAUAGAGCUAGAGGUUUGUUAACUAAUCACGAAGAAGAAGGCCCCGAAGGAGAGCUGGAUAUUGGUCGGAAAGCGAAAAGAAGGAGAAGACAGAGAGAAUCGAGAAGGAUAAGUGAAGGUAGACAUUUGGAGGGGAAGUUGCAUUUGGAAGAUUUGGUUCAGCAGGCGGAUGAAAUUCAGCAGGAUAAAGAGAACUUACAUGUAAGACAGUCCCUCAUACACGCUGAGAUACUGGAAGUCUCGGCCAAGAUUGACGCUUUAGAAGAUAUCCGUCGGCGACUUGAGACCUCUCUGCUACAUCUACAAGAAGAAGAUCUAGAGCUAGACGAUGAGCUGGAAGGUGUACAGGAAUUGAUGGCUUCACCGGCUAUCAAAUCUGCUGCUGGUACAAGAGCUUUACCACCUUCGACCGCUGCUGCCGUGACCAAGAAAAGCUCGAGAAGAAGGAAAGGACCGGCUUUCCUGCCUUCUGAACAUGAUGAGUUACCCAAAGGAGUCGCGUUCAUGACCCUCAACGGACACACUGGACCUAUAACGGCAUUAGAUUUCAACGAGCCGUAUGGUAUGUUGGUCACUGCUGGACAAGAUGAUGUAGUUAAGGUAUGGGAUCUGUGCGAUGGAGAAGAAAUUGGUCAAUUGCGAGGACAUACUGGAACAGUCAAAGCUUUACAGGUCGAGGAUACUCUAUGUCUAACUGGUGGCUCAGAUGGUGCUAUCAGAUUAUGGGAUGUGAGGAUGGUAGAAGAUUACGAAGAGAGAUUACAAUCACAAUUGGAAGAAUUAGCAAGACAGGAUCCGUUGGAGAGAAUAGCGAAUCAGAAUCAGAAACUACAUGACGAACAUGAUGAUGAUGGUGAAGAUUUGGAUAAAGAGAAAGAUGAAUUUGAUUGGGAAGAAGGACCAAGUCACAUCACUCAAGCAACCCGGGUUGAUAUUGCUAGUCCGUGUGUAAGGACUUUAGAAGGGCAUAGCAAGAGUGUGACUGCAAUAUACUAUGAAGAUGGAUGUUUGGUCACUGGAUCAUCGGAUAAGACGAUAAGACAAUGGGAUGUAGCUACUGGUCAAUGUGUUCUGACGAUGGACAUUCUAUGGGCAAUAUCCAACCCUCCACCUGCUCCUGCUCCUACCCCUGCUCCAGCACCAAAAUUACGACAUCGAUCUUCGACGUCCUUCGGAUCAAUACAUUACGAGGAUAUCCUCCCAUCACCUGGUGCAUCCCUCGUUGGAAUGUCAGGUGCGAGUUUGCUUAGUGCUGUAGCUGGAAAUCAAUUUGCCGUACCCACCCCACCGUACGCGGAUGGAUCGUGGGAGAUGUAUCAAGAUUUCGUAGGUGGUGUACAAUUCUGGGGAUACGCUUUGGCAAGUGGGAGUGGUGAUGGCGGAGUGAGAAUGUGGGAUAUGAGGACCGGUCAGGCACAUCGAACACUGGCUGGACACACUGCACCAGUGACAUGUCUCCAAUUCGACGAGAUGAAUAUCGUCACAGGUAGUUUAGACAAGACCAUUCGAAUUUGGGACUUGCGAAUGGGUCAAGCUUCCGAAGUACAUAGAUAUGAAUAUCCUGUUACAGCCUUACAAUUCGACAGUAGGAAGGUUAUCGCCUGUACGGGUGAGAAUGGAUUGGAGAAUUAUAAUAGGACGACACAUCAACAUUCUAGAUUGGUCACGAAUGGACAUAUCAAACCUGUUGAGAAGAUGAGGUUUAUCGAUAAGUAUCUGGUCUCUGGAGGAAGAGAUGGAGCGGCGAAAGUGUGGGCGAUGUAA